GUAUGUGCUUCAGGUGUUUGUGCGGGUUGUAUAGCCGUUGUGCUAUUGUUAAUCGAUAUCAUAUCGGCGAGUGUUGAGGCGUUCUAUCGAAUGUUCCAUGGUACCGAGCAAAAAACACCAUUUCUGGUUUUCAUGAGUGCCAUUUUCAUGUUAUUAUCCACACGCUCACCGACCAACAAUUUUAUUUUGCCUGCACUGUACGAGUUUUUUAUCAGAUUGCAUUCUAAUCGUAUAAAUUCUAUGAUCUUAAUUAUCAUCGAAGUCUCUUUCAGAGUCACCUCAUUGCUGCUGACUAUACAAUCCACAUGUUUCUUGCUAGUCUCAUAUAACUAUCUCUCGUGGAAUGGAUAUUUCUCGGAAGAACUCUGUGAACUGUUCUUCCACGGAGCUGCUCGAUGCACACAUUUAGUGACACAUUCGGCUGCCACUCUGCACUUCCUCGAAACACUUCUGUACAUGUUCAUUUUGGUGGCAUCAUGCGCUAUUCUCUUCAUUGUUCUACGCAUCAUACAGUCCUAUAAACCUGCUCUACCACAUAUGUCAAGUUUUCAAACGAGACAAGCCGAACGAUAUGAACGCAUCAUACAGUGGAUUGGAAUUAUUUUCUUAGUGGCUGGUUCAGCGGUCUUCUUGAGUACAGUGGUUGAGUUUAUAACCACUCGUGUAAGUCAUCCACUCAUAGUAUUGCUCUCAACACUUUAUCAUACCUCAAUUGGUACCACACUCAUCAUUGUUCCACUAUAUCAGAUAGCUAUUAGCUGGACACUGUUACAUCAUCCGUUGAGUUGUGUUUCAUUGGUGAUGGUAAAUGCGGUUCGAUUUGUGGAAGUUUUAACUCAACUUGACUAUCGAAAUAUUGGUGAAGCAUCGAAUUUCUCUUGGCGUCUUCAUAACGCUGUCGAGUUGGCUGCUUUGGGCGCUCAUUUCGUCACGAUUAUGCUUUGUAUACGCAUAAUCGAGCUCGUCAAUGGCACUAUAUUCGUUGAGCCGAUGUCACAAUUCGAAGGUUUCAAUAAUCCGUUGGCUGCGAUUGCCGAACAAGAGCCUGGCUAUGCGCAAGUAGCGCAGAACGCAUUCGAACACCUACCACAACCCGAAGUUCAUCUUCAGUUCCAACCAGAUGAACAAAAAGAGGAACAACCGCAAACUGAAGAAUAA